AUGAACGAAAUAUUGCCCACAGAAUUGUUGCAACUUGUUUUUUUGAACCUCGGAUCACUGAACGAACUCUUAUGUGUUUCUCAGACAUGCAGACUAUGGAGAAAAUUAAUUUUUAACCAAUGGUUUCUAAACCGUUACCAUUCAUUUGAAAAACGAAGAAAAGAUCUAAUAGGGUGGUGGAAAUUUGAAUCCUCUUUCUUGGAUUCAAGCGGUGUUAUCGGUAAAAACUACACACUUCAUGGUAUACCAACGUUUGAAGAUUGUUUUUUGGGCAAAUGUGUGAAAUUUAAUGGUCAAGAAUCGAUUGAUAUUAACAUUUCAAACAAAAAACAAUAUCAAACUGAUGUGUUUUCCGUCUCAAUUUGGUUUCUCAUUGAUGCAUCAGCUUUACAAAAUUGGACUGACCUUGGCGCAGGAUGGCGAACAGCGAUUGGAUCAUGGGAACAUCCAAGAAAUUGUUGGCUACACUUAGGAUUUAGUCGUACUGGUCGUUAUAUCCAAAAUCAAGCGAUGAUAUCCGAUGAUGAAUAUCAAUUUAACUGUGAUUCCGAUGUAAAAAUUCAGGCGGACAAAUGGUAUCACGUCGUGGCGAAUGUUAGUCGGAAUUGUCAAAAGAUUUGGGUCAACGGUCAAUUAUCCGGUACAAAAGACAUGACAGAUAAAAAUAAUAAGGACGACAUUCGAAACUCUCUCGCACAGGAUGUUCAGUGGGAUGAACAAAAACUGCAAUUAGCAGCAAGCUUACUUCAUAUUGGUUGUAAAGACGGAAUGCAUAUGAAUCCAUGGCGUGGUAAAAUAGCCGAAGUAUCAAUUUGGAAUCGUUGGUUAUCACGCUUCGAAAUCGAAGCUCUUUAUGAACAGAAAGUGAAUGUCGAUAAAAUUGCCAUUGGUACGCAAAUAUUUCGUGAAAAACCAUUGAUAUCAACAUUUUUCUGA